AUGGAGCGCUCCGAGGCCUAUGGCUUCUCCGCCGCCAUCAGCGGCGCCUUCCUGCUCUCGUGCCUGCUCUUCUCGGCGCUGAACCGCGAGCAGCGCGCGCCCUACAUGGACGAGGCCUUCCACGUCCCGCAGGCGCAGGCCUACUGCGAGGGCCUCUUCCAGCAGUGGGACCCCAUGAUCACUACACUGCCUGGCCUAUACUUGAUGUCUGUUGGAGUAGUGAAACCUGCAGUUUGGCUCUUUGGAUGGUCUGGAAGUGUAGUGUGCUCUACAGGAAUGCUCCGAUUUAUUAACCUCCUUUUCAGUGUUGGGAACUUCUACUUACUGUAUUUGCUUUUGUGCAAGAUACAUCAUAAAAACAAGACUGUGUCUGGUUUCCAGAGAAUCUUAUCUACGUUAACCCUUGCAAUGUUUCCUACCCUCUAUUUUUUUACAUUCCUUUAUUAUACAGACACAGGAUCAGUGUUUUUUACUCUGUUUGCAUAUUUAAUGUGCCUUUAUGGUAACCAUAAAACUUCAGCCCUACUUGGGUUUUGUGGCUUUAUGUUUCGUCAAACAAAUAUUAUAUGGACUAUUUUCUGUGGGGGAAGUGUUGUUGCACAAAAGCUAAGUGAAGCUUGGAAGACAGAAUUACAGAAGAAAAAAGAAGAAAGGAUUUCAGCUAUGAAGGGAUCAUUUUCAGAAUUAAUCAAAGUAUUACAAUUUCUUACUGAGUACAUCAUGUCAUUUACAAACCUAGUAACUCUUAUUAUUUUGACCUGGCCAUACAUCCUCUUAGUAAUUGUGUUCUUUUCUUUUGUGGUAAUCAAUGGUGGAAUAGUUGUUGGUGACAGGAGUAGUCAUGAAGCCUGUUUCCACAUCCCUCAACUGUUCUACUUUUUUUCCUUUACUCUCUUUUUUUCCUUUCCUCAUCUAAUGACACCUAAUAAAAUUGGAAAUUUCCUUCGAUCAGUACGGAAGCACUUGAUUCAAUAUAGCAUACUCAUUGCCAUCUCUAUAUUCCUGGUCUGGAAAUUUACAUAUGUUCAUAAAUACUUGAUUGGAGAUAACAGACAUUACACAUUUUAUGUAUGGAGAAAAGUCUUCCAAAGACAUGACCUUGUGAAAUACAUAUUUGUUCCAGCCUAUAUAUUUGCUGGCUGGAGUUUGGCCGACUCUCUGAAAUCAAAAUCUAUUUUCUGGAACUUAAUAUAUUUUGUAUGUGUGUUUGCUGUCACAGUUCCUCAAAAGCUACUGGAAUUUCGUUACUUCAUUUUGCCAUUUUUAAUAUAUAGGCUCAAUAUUCCAGUUCCACCUCUUUCCAGGCUUCUUCUUGAGCUGACUUUAUAUAUUGUUGUGAAUGCAAUAACCUUUCAUCUAUUUCUGAACAAAACAUUUCAGUGGCCAAAUAGUGAAGAAAUCCAGAGGUUUAUGUGGUGAUUUUGUAUUCCUAAAAUGGCUCAAUUCUGUGCCUUUUCUGAAAUGAAUAAGUGACUACAGGCCCUAAAAUUAAGUAAAAUGUAUUGCUAUGUGUAACUUUUCUGUGGAUGGUGUAGAGCAGGGAUUGGCAACCUUUGGCACGUGGCCUGUCAAGGAAAUCCGUUGGUGGACCAAGACGAUUUGUUUACUGGCAGCGUCCACAGGUUCGGCCGAUCGCCUCUCCCACUGGCCGAGGUUCACGGUUCCAGGCUAAUGGGGGCUGCGGGAAGUGGCGUGGGCCGAGGGAUGUGCUGGCUGCGUGCCAAAGGUUAUUGAUCCCUGGUGUAGGGACUGAAGUGAGUUGGAUGUUUAUAUUCUUGGAAAUUAAUAUGAGAUCUGAUUUACUCUUUCUACAUGAUAGGGUAUUACACCAAAUUUAUAAGGCUUUAGGGUCCUGGAUUUAAUAAAUAUGGCAUCAGGGAAAAUUCAGAAGUGUUUCCAAACAUUCUGCAGUUAAUGUGAAAUGAGGGAGAUGUUUACAGUCAUAAUUCAUAAUAAUAAUGUUGUUCUAUGGUAAAUACUUAUAAAACUGUAUUUCCUCUAGUGUGGGCUCUGAAAAUUUUUUUUAUCUGCUAUUAGACACCAAGGAAAAAAGUAACUGAUACUUGGAAAUGUUGGAGUACAUGUUAAAUUCUUGGUUGGAGACCAGCACAAAUAAAACUUAAAAAAAAAAUUGCAAGUUAAUUGGUAAGCAUUCUGAUUUUAGGUCGUAGGUUUUUUCCAAAGUAUUUCAGCAGUUAAAUAUUUAUCUAACAGUUAUGACCGGGUUUCAUAAACAGUAAAAAUCUGCAGCGGAGGUCAUUUCCAUCCAUAUCUGUUAGAGACCAGGGGUUAAAUCCAGGGCAGCUAGGAUUUCACCCCAGAUUCUUCAGGGGUAAAAUUUUCAAAGUUGCUACUUUCCAAUGACUUUCAGUGAGAUUUAGGCUGCUAAGUGCCUAGGUCACUCUUGAAAAUGUGACCUAGGCUCCUAAGUCACUUAGGUGUUUUGAACAUUUUACCCCAGAUCAAUACACCUGUACCCCGAUAUAACGUGACCCAAUAUAACACUAAUUCGGAUACA